AUGAAGCCCGUUGUCGGUUCCAUGCAAGCAUGGUCUUGCGUCGUCAUCUCGGCAUUCGCGAUCCUCAUCCUUUCGGUCAUCGGCGCCCUGUUUCGAAGCGGACAUCAUGAGAUGACAGGCGAUGUGGAGGACCCUGCGCUCGACGCGCGUGGCGAGAUCGCGGGCACCAUCUUCAUCGCCGUGAUCGUCUAUGCGGGCUUCCUGGUGUUCUGUGGUCUGCAGGGCAUGCUGCACCUGCGGGAGUCGAGAAGGGGCGCCAUUGCGCUGUAG